UCAGCGAGCUUGACAUUACCUGAACGUCAGUCAACUAGAGCACCAGGGGAAGCAACCCGCUCUCAGAGAUUCUUCAACGUUAAGCUUGAUUAUCUUUUACAGUUUUUCAAAUAAAGUAUAAUUUAUCGUAUUUUCUACAAACUGUACAGUUUAUAGGCAGAAUUGAUUGAUCAACAGAGUGACGAUUUAAGAUCAAUUGUCAGGCGCUUUGAAACCAAUUCUUUUUUCAAGUGUGUUUGUAUCAACGGUUCGGAGACUCUAACAAGAAUGGAAGGUUUGAUUGACAGUCUAAACAAGGACAAGUGGCAGGAGAUUACAGCUGACAAAAAAUCUGACGGCUACCAGGAGUACCACGUGAACCCCCACGCCCACAAGAAACUCGACAACACGAGUUUCGGCUACAUGAUCGAGAACGACUCCGUCGACCCGAAGAAAGUCGUCUUGGAGUUCGCCCUCAAGGACCCCAUCAAGGCCGCCUCUCUCUUGGAGAUCAAGCUGAACGCAGAUGGCACCAAGAUCGUUGGGAUGGACCUGGAUGGUGACAUCGUGGAGCUGAAGUAGAAGUGUCCUGUUAGUGUAAUCAAAUUUAAUCAAUGUAUGUUUUACUUGAACGGCGAAUUAAUUGUUAUCACAACAUUAGAAUACAUUUUUUUAAAAUUCUUUACAGAUGAGCAUUAAUUUUUUUUUUACUUCGUAUAUAGAUCUACAAGAAAGUAAGAUGAGCAUUAUUAAGAUUUCAAAAAAUAUAAUGAAGUGGCAUUGAAUAUACCAAUAAAAUUGAUGACAUAAAAAAUUUAAUAAAAUAAAUCAAUUCUCACAAUAGAAAUUUUAAGGUUUUUAAAGGUAAAAACUAUGACUACUUUUAACUCACACAAAUUUUAAUAAACUAUUUUAAGAUCCGAUUAAUCAAAUAAUUUAUACUAACUAUUAAUAAAAUAGUACAAUUUAGUCCCUAGCAUUGUUCCGAUUGAUAUUUCAACAAGAAAUCAUGUUUAUAUAUUUUGAGAAAUUCGCCUUAGUUAUCUACCCUUCCUGUAUUUCAAUUGUUAAUUCCCUUUAGCGUAUUCCCUUUCCCCGCCAAAUUCCUUAUCGUAUUCACGUGUGUCUGCCUGCAUACAAGUACAACAAUGUGGUAGAUGUUGUUAUCAUCUCAACCAUCUUCAUUUUACUUUUAUUUCAUAAUUGAUUUUUUAUCUUUUCGUUUUUAUAUGUAUGUACUGAACAUUUUUUUAUAACGAAAUAUUUUUAUAUUUAAUACUCCACUCCCAGGGUGCAAUAUUAGCUUACAUUCUAUGCAUGUUAGUGUGGUCCCUUUUAUUUUUAUUUUAUAAAAAUUUGUGAAAAAAAUAAACUAAAUGAUAGCAUUAUUUUAAAUUACAUUUAAAAUAAAAAAUUAAAAAAUUUAUCGUUGUGGCAGAAUAAAUUUUGUGUAAAAAAAAAAACCUAAAAAAAAAUAAUUUUUCCAAUACAGACCCCGAUUUAAUAGCAUGAAUAUUUAACCACGUAAUGAGUAAAAGACACCAAUCAACUAGUUUCUAUGUCAUCACGAUUAUCAUACCGAUGUUGUUAACAUGUAAGCCAAAGAAAGUAUUUAUUAUAUAGAGGCAAUUGGCUGUGAUCCCAAAUACACCCCCCACCCUCCCUAUGAUUGUCACAUAGCAUGUCUUCAUCGCUGGUUCGAAUCCCACGCACACACACAAUGCAAACCUCCAUCUCAGUAUGUUUAGAAUAACGAGUUAUAAAAACAACAGUAUAUUACAAUAGAAUUUCAACUUAACCAAACUUAAGAGAGUAAUACUUUAAUCAAUGAGGUUUUUAUCUAAAAUUUAAUGUUUCUGAAGCGAAAAAAAAUAUUUAAAAAUUGUAGAUGGGUUAUAAAAUGUAAAAUGUUUAUGCAAUAUUCUAUUUAAAUUACACACUGAUCAUAGAUGUAUACUUUAUAAUUUUAUAUGGCUUGUUAAAAAACGUUUGGUCCAUAAUCUUUUGGUCCAUAAUCUCUUGGUCCAUAAUCUCUUGGUCCAUAAUCUCUGGUCCACAAUAUGCCACUGUGGUUCCUCAUGGAUUUACAUAGAAGAAAGCAUGUUCUGAUAUGAAAUAAAAUAAAUUUUGUUUAAAAA